AUGGGUGAGGCAGUUGAAUUGGCCGAGCAGCUGCUGAACCCGCGCUGCAUGCUCAAUGUCGACGGACUGCUGGAUGCCUUAAUAGCUUUCGUACAGGACUGCAAUUAUCCGCUGCUGAGGCGCACCAAAAACAUCGACAACUUCGUCUCCCGCUACAAUGAGGCUGUCCAACGUAUCACGGAGCUUCGCUUGAAAGGCUCGGACUUUCAGCUGAUCAAAGUGAUUGGACGAGGCGCUUACGGUGAGGUACAGCUGGUGCGCCACAAUACAACACGAAACGUUUAUGCGAUGAAAUUGCUCAACAAAAAUGAAAUGGUGAGGCGUGCCGACUCGGCAUUCUUCUGGGAAGAACGUGAUAUCAUGGCGCAUGCAAAUUCCGAAUGGAUUGUCCGUUUGCAUUAUGCAUUUCAGGAUGCACGCUUCUUAUACAUGGUCAUGGAAUACAUGCCCGGUGGUGAUUUGGUAAAUUUGAUGACAUCAUAUGAUGUAUCGGAAAAAUGGGCUCGUUUUUAUGCGGCUGAAUUGGUGAUGGCGUUGGAUACACUGCAUGGGAUGGGCUAUAUCCAUCGUGAUGUGAAGCCGGACAAUAUGCUGAUAAGCAAAUCAGGGCAUGUCAAGCUGGCUGACUUUGGUACAUGCCUACGCAUGGGUCCGGAUGGCUUUGUGAAGUGCAUGACAGCAGUUGGAACCCCAGAUUACAUCAGCCCUGAAGUACUGGAAAUGCAAGGCACUGAAGGAGUGUAUGGACGUGAAGUUGAUUGGUGGGCUGUGGGUAUAUUCGUGUAUGAGAUGUUGGUGGCUGUGCCGCCAGUGAUUCCGGAACUGAAGAGUGACGAUGACGCAUCGCAUUUCGAUGAUAUCGAAGCGAAGGAGCCUGAUCCGGCUGAAUUCUUUCAAAUCCCGAAAUCUUUUGCUGGCACCCAACUUCCUUUUGUUGGCUUUACGUAUUCGAACGAAACUGGGCCUAUAGCCAGUAUACAAAAGAUGCUAGAUGCGGCGACAUUGUCAGACGGCGGUGCCGUGCAAGUUCAGGCUGCUUUGUGUCAGCUGAAUCAUAUUUCGGAAUCGGAACUUGAGUUGAACGAGAAAUGCCGGCACCAUGCGGAAGCGGAGGAACGUGCCAGGAAGCAACAGAACGAGUUACAUACGAAAUUAAAUGCACAAACAGAAAUUGCCCGCGAAUUAGAUGAACGGCUGCAAAAGAAUGUUGAAGAGGAAGCUGCGCUACAGCAGCAAAUCGAGCAGCUCUGCGCCCAGAAUGUCCAGGAACGCGAGAAUGUGCGACGAGCACAACAGCGCCUCACUGAGCAAAAUGAAAAAACAGAGGAAUUGCGUGCCGAGUUGGCAGCGUUCCGUGAAAGGGAGAUGGCGCUGAAAUGCCAAAUCGGAAAGCUCAGCGAAAGUAUAAUGGCAAGGGAGGAGAAUUUCUCGGAUGAGAAUCGGACAAAUGAUGAAAUCAGGCGGAACAACAUUCGCCUCGUAAACGAACUUCAGGCCGCCCACAAAAAGAUUGAGCAACUCGCCUCAGAUUUCGAGCAGGAAACGAGCAGGAGGAUAUCUGCGCAGCAUGAAGUGGACUGUAUUGCUGAUCAGUUGGCCAAUUUGCAAAAUUCGCUACAGUACCAAGAAAAUGAGUUGAAGCGUGCACGCGAUGAAAAACGGCGUUUGGAGCUGCAGUUGCAAAGUUUGUCGUCAUCUAAUCGUCUCUUACAAAGGCAACUGGAAGAUGUUCGAGAGCAAUUUGACACAGAAUCUUCAUUUGUGAACAUCUACAAAACAGAAAUGAAUGCACUGAAUGAGGAGUUGGUGGAGAAGACUCGGCGUUUGGAACAGCUGGAGGAACAUCAAAGACGAGAGGAGGAACGAACUCGGGACAUACUCGCGCAGCUUGAAAGUGAACGCUUGGCCCGACGUAUUGCCGAAGAAAAUUUAUCUACAACCGACAAAGAGAAGACGAUGUUGAAUGUUGAGGUGCGACAGCUCGUACAGCGUCAUGAGAAAGACCUGGCAGCAAAAGAUGCUGCUUUGCAAGUCAUGUCACAACGGAACAUCUACAAAACAGAAAUGAAUGCACUGAAUGAGGAGUUGGUGGAGAAAACGCGACGCUUGGAACAACUGGAGGAACAUCAAAGAAGAGAGGAGGAACGAACUCGGGACAUACUCGCGCAGCUUGAAAGUGAACGCUUGGCACGACGCAUUGCCGAAGAAAAUUUAUCUACAACGGACAAAGAGAAGACGAUGUUGAAUGUUGAGGUGCGACAGCUCGUACAGCGUCAUGAGAAAGAUCUGGCAGCAAAAGAUGCUGCUUUGCAAGUCAUGUCGCAACGGGAAGAAGAGCUGCAGAAAUCGCUGCAAGCUGCCCAGACUGAAUUGCAUGCCCUAUCGGAACGAGAUUUGCUAUUUUCACCGGAACAGUGCAUUCGCGAACUGAAAAAUCAGCUGGAGCACGAGAAAGUGAUGAAAAUAACGGUAAGUUUUUUAUUCCUGACAAAUUACAGUUGUAUGUAGAA